AUGGAUCUACAGCUCAAUGAACUAAUUGCGAAAUUUUGGGAACAAGAAGAGCCCAAAACAACUGAAAGCACUCGAUAUUCCGACGACGAUUUACUUUGUGAAGAGCACUUUAAAACUACACACACAAGAAGUGCUGACGGUCGCUACAUAGUCCGGUUGCCUAUUGAAGAUCUUGAUACUCCGUUAGGAGAUUCGGUUAGGUCAGCACAAUACUCGCUACGUCGAAUAUUAAAGAGAUUAGACGCUGAUAAGAGCCUCAGUGAGCUCUGUCACUCCUUUAUGAUGGAGUAUAAGCAACUAGGGCAUAUGAAAGAGAUUCCGCUAAAGGAUUUGCCGCAAAACAGUUAUUUUCUACCGCAUCAUGGAGUACUUCGAGAGCAAAGCACUACGGCGAAGCUCAGGGUCGUGUUCAACGGCUCCUGUAGCACCUCUACUGGAAUUUCGCUAAACGACAUGCUUCAUGUUGGCCCAAAAGUACAAAUAGAUAUUUGUGACGUAUUGCUUCGAAUUCGCAGCCAUGCAGCUCUCUUUGGGACAGACAUCACCAAGAUGUUUCGCCAAAUGAACGUUGAGCCACAAGACUGGCCACUUUAG